AUGGUGCUCACGCUGUCUCCCAGGGGGCGGCGCCACACGAAGGACAGGGACAGCGGCACCCUGAUCGCUACCGCCGCAACGACGAUCGUGCUGGCAACGCUGAUCACGCUGCUCUUUUUCCUUGUGCCCUCCAAAUCGCGUUCACCCGAGCAGAUGCAAGGACGCGAGGCGUUGUGCCGCACUGUGGGUUGCCGCUACUACGCUGAGAUCUUGGCAGGCGCGGUAAACGCCACGAUAAACCCGUGCGAUGACUUCGAGGGGUACGCCUGCUCCAGCUGGGCCCCUUUCGCGCAACCUUACAGCUACGGCACGGCUUCCAUGAGCAGCGCUAUUGGCGCCUGGUACGAGGGCUUCCGCAACAUCUUUCUCGACGGGUCCCGUCAGCAGCGGUUCGGCAGGAAGGUGGACGCCGCGUUCGCUUCUUGCAUGCUGACCAGUCCCGAGGACUCGACGAGAGGCAUCAGGGAGCUGAAGGCUUUCAUGGGCCAGCUGAGGAUCCCGUGGCCGGACGCACCGCUGGCAGGAGUCGAUCCGUUGGGCGUGAUCCUGGACUUGUCGCUCAACUGGCGUCUAGACAUCUGGUUCAGCGCGGCGCUUCGCCAAUGCCCGCACGGCUGUGCGACGAGCGGUGGCCGACACAUCCUGCUCGAUGCCACUAGCUUCUUCACUGUCCGCACGAACAUGCAACGGGACCUGUCUGCUCUGAAAUCUUACAUGACGUACUGGAAUAGAUUUAGCAAUGCCUUCUUUGCUCCUGGCUAUCCGGAACGCUCCGAGGAAUACAUCAACCGGAUUGCAAUGGUGGAGAGGAGCGUCUUUGAUCGGUUCGUGCUGGUCAGCAAGAAAAUUGCCGUUCAGCCGGUGCAAUUCGAGCUCGGCAGCAUACAUCACGUAACGCCGAACAUACCGGAAUCACGCUGGAUUUUCCAACUCAGCAGUAAUGUGAAAAGUUUGGGCGAGUUUCACCGUAAUGACAGAGUGACCGUCUGGGACAGAGAUCUUCUUUACGCUGUGAAUGAAAUGUUUGCCAACUACACGAGAGAAGAGCUGCUGGAGCACAUAGCUUGGACUUUUGUGCAGAAUUUUGGCCCACUCGCAGAUAGAGAACUGCUCGUGAAGCAGUACGGAGACAAGAGGAGAGCGGCCGAGUUCCGGCCCAUCUUCUGCGCCACGCAGAUCGAAAUUGCCUACCAGUGGCUGUUCACGUCAACGUACGCUAAGGAUCACUUCACUACCCAGACAAGAAACGGCGUUGACAUUCUCCUGACCAGCGUGACGCAAGCGGCUGUCGAUAAGAUUUCCAGCGUGCCCUGGGCCGAUGACGUUUCGAAGCAGGAUCUCGUCGAUCACGUCCGAAACGUCACGGUGGUGCUAUGGCCUGGAAGAAGUUUUUUAUCCGACCAAUCAAUAUACAAGUUGGAAGAAUUCCUGUUUAUGGACGAAAACAACCUUUUCGUUCAGCAGUGGAUUUGGGCCAUGAAAAAAUGGCGCAGCCUCCGCGAUGAUCCCACGAACAGUGUCACUGAUAACAGUCCGCGCAACUACGCGCUUCCGUAUUUCAAGUACACGCACGUUCUCAACAGGGUGUCGAUAUCUCUGGCCGCGUUAUCCAGGCCGUGGUACUACGCCGACGGCACCAACGCCAUGGCGUACGGCACUGUAGGCUUCUCCUUCGCACGCGAACUGGCAAGGUCUUUCGACCCGUUCACGGUGCCGGUCGACAUGCGAGGACAGGCGGCACUGUUCCGGCCAUCGACCACUUGGGCGGCGGCAUCGAGGCGCAGAGCUGCAUGCCUCAGCCCCUUCCACAGUACGCCUUUUCCCGAGAUACCGGCCUUGGAAUUCGCUUACCAAGCAUUUAAGGACUCGGUCGCCAGUAAAAAUGACAGCGAACGCAGGGUCUCGAGCUCCAUCAGCGACGAACAGCUGUUUUUCCUCUCCGCCUGUUUCACGAUGUGCAACCUCCCCGAGACGAUCAACUCUUACCGCAUGCACUGCAACAAGGCGGUAUCAAACUUCGCCCCCUUUGCGCAAGCUUUCGGCUGUCAGGAUGGGGCAAAAAUGAGUCCUCCCAUUAAGUGCUCCUAUUUGGACUGCUCUGCAUCAACCAUAUGCCCGCAUUUUUAA